AUUUUCUGUCGCUGCAGUUGACGGCAGUGACAAGAGGUCACCAUCCUCGCGCAUGCAGACUCGCGUUCUCGUUCUUGCUCCGUGGAAUUUCGCUGCUCGAAGGGAUCUCGCCUUUCGUCCGUCUUUCUGUCUCGUCUUAUCGCCUCCCUCGCGCUCGUUCGUUGCCAUUUUCGACGUGAGCUAUCGUUGCCCCCGCCGCUGGAGAUGAGCACCCGAUCGACGUCCGUUGGCUGACACGUCGCGCGCACCCUGCUGCGAGACUACUGCCCGGAACGCGUCCGGCCACAAGCGAGGAACGAGUCAAGGAACGCAUAUUCAGAAUGAAGUUGGCUACUGGAAGCAUCUUCCACUUGUCACGAUACACUCGUACCGCAGCAGUAAUUAUUCAUUUGACGAUGAUAUGCUAAAAGCUCGCGAUGCAAUUCCGUUGUAAUUAAUAUGUCACGAACGGUCUUCUGAAAAUACGUCUAACCCAACAAUGGCACAAAAUACCGUAGAGGACACCAAAUCCGCGGUGGAUAAGACAGAGAUGUCGGAGACAUCAACGCGCACGAUUGAUAAGGCAGAUCCCCGCGAUGAUAAAGAGAACGCCGAUGAAGCGAUGGAUGCUACCAACGCGGAAUCUACUUCCGAGGGAAUUGAAGAAUCCAUUAAAAAGGAGAAAGUCGACGAUAAUUCCAUUGAUCCUAAAGAGCUCGAUUCUAAAGAGCAACCUAACAUUCGAGAGACCGAUCUUGAGAAAAAACCCAAGGAAGAGAAAACUGAUGCCGAAAAGGAAUCGUCUUCCGAGAAGACUAUUAAAACUGAAACCAAAGAAAAUGAACUCGAAGAAAAUUGUUCCACGGAAACGUCUAACGACGCGGACGAGCGGGUCAACGCGCUCUCCGAGGCGGAAGAGCGACUGAGCGAAAUCUUGAAAGUUGUACACGAAGAUCUGGAUAUCAAGUAUUUCCAGAAAUCAGCUAGACAGUCCACGAGCGCGAAAGACAAUGGUAAAGACAAGAACGACAAAGAACAGCAGGCGAAGAAGGUGGAAACUGUUGAAAAGCAGGAUAACGCAACUGAUACAGCGAUGGAAAGCGCAGCUUCCGUGACUGUAGAACGCGCAGAAGAGAAGAGGGAUUCGAAAGAAUCUUCGGAGAAGUCGGAGGAGAAACCGGAGGUCGGAAUCGUCGGUCCUCCGACCGCGGUUAGCGAGCUUCUCAACGAGGAGGAGCUCGGUGGUGGCGAUUCAGCCGACCAAAAGGAUCACAUCGCGGAAUGGGUUGAGAAGUCGGCAAAGGAGGAUACACCAACGCCGGCGAAUGCUGAGGACGAGGACAACGUUACUAAGGAAUGUAAACAACGAACCAAUGGGAACGACGUGGGUACGAAGUGGAAGAACGAAGACACCAUGUCUAUAUCGUCCAGGAAGUCGCAAAAGAUCGUCAGCAACAUCAUCAAAAAGAGCAUCAAAUGUCUGAACAAGAUGCACGCGAUGGAGGGUGCCAGCGGAAACGGGAAGAAUGUGGACGCGGCGGAGAACGCGCCGAACACGUCGCCGAAGGUACCCCAAAGCCAGCAGAACGGUGCCGCUCUGCCUGAGGAGACCGCCGCGUCGCCCUCGGCGUUGGAUUACGGUCGUGUGAAGAUCGAGAAGGACGUUAAGAUCAACAAGAAGAGCCUGCCGGUGACAAGCACGCCGAUUGCGAGCACUUCGCAGCAGAAAGCCGGCUCGUCGCGCCUCGUCAGGUCCAAAUCGGCCGAGAUCGUCGGCAAGAAGCGAAAAUCCCCGGACGUGCUGCGGGACUCCACGAAUGGUCCGCCUAAGCCGAAAAAGAGCUGCUGCUCGUUUGAAGAACGGGAGACCUCCAUCAAGUCUCUCGUCGGCGAAGACAGAACGGCCGAUGCGCUGCGGAUGAGGGAGAGCGAGCUGUUGAAGCGGAUGCAGUUCCUCGAGAAAUUGGCGAAGGACAAGGAGAAGGAAUGGAAUCAGAUCCUGUACACGAGGAAGCUGACGGAGGAAGCGUACGUGAGGAUCCAGAGGAAGAAGCACAUGAUGAGACUCACGAAUAGCACGACCCAACUGGACGACGUGCCCCCCACCAGCUUGGAGGCGAAAUGGCUAAACAGCGACGGAACGUCGAUGGAGACCGGGUCGAGGGAGAGGACCUUCGAAUUUAAAAGCGAUCUUUCCGAGGAAAGCUCUCUGAACGCGUCGUCCACCAAGAAGCAAAACGUCGCGAAGGCUGCCCGGCAAUCGGGUUCUUCGAAAAGCGGCGGGGAAAACAGCCGCAAGCAGAGCGAGCAGACGUCGAGCCCGGAGACCCGGCAGAUCGGCGAGGGCCGUCAAGGUGCGAGAGUGGAGGUGACUUCCAUAAUCGCCAAUCACAGGAAGAUGUUCCCUGACCCGGCGCCGAAAAGGGGGCGAAGGACGAGGAAUGCAGUGAACGUUAAUCUGACUGCUGGCGGUGCCCUGGUUGAAACGGGACACAAUGCCGAUUCGAGGCCGUCGAGCACAGACUCCUGCAAGAGUAAUCCGAGCGCGACCGAGUGCCAAAACGUGAACUUUAAGGACAUGGUAUUGCAAUUCAACAGGCUAUCCCAACAUACAGUAGGUGAACCAGCCAGAGCGCCGCAAAAUUAUCCGGACGUGACGCUUCAACCGGUGCCGUCGGGACACAACGCUUCUCCCGUGCCUGAGAACACCACCGCGCCUUCACGCUCACUCCUUCACGGAAUUCUAACAAACAAUACAUCAUCCCGACCAAACAACUUUCCGCUUACUCUGGCUAAAUUGCUCACCGCGCCUGAAAGAGAAAGGAACUCUCCAGCGGUGGCGGCAGUGACUGCGACGACGCCGAUGGUGCCUAUGUCACAGCAAUCGGCUAGCACCCAGCACCUUCUACAGGCAUACCAAGGAUCUAGUCUGGGUUCCAUAAGCGAGCUGCUGUCUUCCCCCACGGCUCGGACAGAAAUAACUAUAACUCCUGUUGUCAAUACACCCGCGCAGUCUCACUCCAACAACGUAAUUAAUGUUGAUGACGUAGAGGAGGAUACUGCAGCAAGCGAUGAUAGAGAUGGCAGGUACUCAAUGAGCGGAAGAGACACCAGGGAGGAUCGCGACAACCCUCCACGAUGUCAAGGUUGCCAUCAGCGAGCCGCACAGUUUGUCUGCGCUGGCUGUGCAAACCAAUGGUACUGCAGCCGUGAAUGUCAGGUGGCUUCGUGGGAUGAACACUCCGAGAUCUGCUCCGGUUAACGACGACACAAUAUUUAAUACGCGCACAACCGAAGAAGAAUCUAG